AUUCUCUCUUUUUUUUGGGUGUAUUACACCCAAAAAUCCAAUACAAUAUUCAACACACCAUAAACAAGUAGUCAUGAAGAAACAACACAAGGGCACCAGUACUAGUAUUGCCUAGCUUGUCCGGUGCUGAUCCUGACUGGGUGGUCUUCUUCUCCAAAGUCCAACCUCCCUCUUUUAUUGCCGAGUCAUCUGCACUCUCUUUCUCCACACUCUCACAGACUCUUACACCUACACACAUUCACACCCUUCUCUCUCUCUCUCUCUCUCUCUCUCUAGUCUAGUCCUUCUAUAAUUUUAUGGCCAAAGGAGGUGGACUCUCCAUUGAUUCAGAUCCAAUUGGCUACUUGUCCCUCCACAAACCCAUAGUCCUCAACUCCUUUCAAGAUCAAUACCCUAAUUCUAGUUCUACUACCCACAAACAACACCUCUCUGGGUUGUCAAUGGAUCAUCACACCCACCAAGCCCGGUCACCACCACCGCCCCAGACUCUGCAAUUCUCAGUCAACCUCAACUGCACCGACGAUAACGACGACCGAGAAAACUCGCCGCCGCAAUCGGACGACAACCAGCGCAAGGUCGUAGACGAGAGGGACUUCUUUGCCGAUAACAACAACAAGGCCGAGGAAGCUUCCACUGAGAAAAUGGACUUCGACGAUGGCCCUUCCGGCAUGGAAUUCAACGUAAACACUGGGUUAAAUCUUCUCAUCACAAACACUAGUAGUGACCAGUCAGUUGUGGAUGAUAGCAUUUCGUCGAGCAUGGAGGAUAAAAGAGCCAAAAGUGAGCUGGCUGUUCUUCAAGCCGAGCUGGAGAGGAUGAACGCGGAGAAUCAGAGGCUGAGAGAGAUGCUUAAUCAGGUCACUACCAAUUACAGUGCUCUACAAGUGCAUUUGCUGAGUUUGAUGCAAAACCAGAAGGCUGAGAACAGCGUGGAAGUGGAAGAGAAGAAGCUUAAUAAUGGCAGCGGAUCGCAGAUGGUGGUUCCGAGGCAGUUUAUGGAUCUUGGUUUGGCUGCAAAUGGGGAUGCCGAAGAGCCGUCACAUUCUUCUUCGGAUGAGAGAAGCCGGGAACGGUCUGGAUCAGGUGAUAAUGGAAAGGUUGGUGCUGGGAAUGUUGGUGAUGAGGGGCCUGCGUUUGAUCAGGAGAAGAAGGAAUUUGGUCGGGGGAUUAGUGGGAGAGAGGAGAGUCCUGAUCAACAAACGCAGAGUUGGGGACCUAACAAAGUUCCGAGACUCAAUUCUCCAAAGGAGGUUGAUCAAACUGAGGCUACAAUGAGGAAGGCUCGGGUUUCUGUUAGAGCUCGAUCAGAGGCACCCAUGAUCACUGAUGGAUGUCAAUGGCGUAAGUACGGGCAAAAGAUGGCGAAAGGAAACCCAUGUCCUCGAGCUUAUUAUAGAUGCACCAUGGCUGCUGGUUGCCCAGUUCGAAAACAAGUACAAAGAUGUGCUGAAGAUAGGACAAUCCUCAUCACAACAUAUGAAGGCAAUCACAACCACCCAUUGCCACCAGCCGCCAUGGCAAUGGCGUCCACCACUUCAUCUGCAGCCCGGAUGCUGCUUUCCGGGUCUAUGCCAAGCGCGGAUGGCCUAAUGGACUCAAACUUCCUCACUAGGACCAUCCUCCCAUGCUCCUCAAGCAUGGCCACAAUCUCAGCCUCAGCUCCAUUCCCCACUGUUACAUUGGACUUAACACAGUCCCCAAACCCUUUACAGUUCCAAAGGCCACCAGGCCAAUUCAACAUCCCAUUCCCAAACCCGUCUCAGAACUUGACCAAUGGACCUGUCUCAUUGCUGCCCCAAAUCUUCGGUCAGGCGCUUUACAACCAGUCUAAGUUUUCUGGCCUUCAAAUGUCACAGGACAUGGACCGUAAUGCCCAUCCUCAACAAGCUCAGCAAGGACAGCAGCAGAACUCAUUGGCCGAUACUGUUACUGCUGCCACUGCCGCUAUCGCAUCCGAUCCAAACUUCACUGCAGCUCUAGCAGCCGCCAUCACCUCCAUCAUUGGCAAUGCUCAUCCAAACAACAAUGGUAACAAUUCUACCACCAACAACAACACAAGCAACAGCAGUGGCAAUGGAAACAACAGCAGCAAAUUGCAACAACAAGAUUAGCAAGACCAGUUUUCCAAGGAACUAAAGGAAGCCACUUUUCUUUUUCCCUUCCUUUUAGGUUUUUUCAUUCUCUUUUUUCUUUUUUUUUUCUUUUUAGGGGGGGGGGGGGGGUGGUGGAAAGAAAGUGAGAAAUAUACAUAUGUUUUUUUUUUUUUUGGGGGAUUUGGAGGGGAUAAAAAUCGAACAUAGGUUUCCAUAUUCUUUUGUUAUUCGAAUAAUAUGUCCAAAUUAUGUCAUUACGAAGUCUUAUAAAAGUUGGCGACAAAAACAAUGGAAGAGUUAAGAAUGCAAAUUGGUUUUCCAA